CACAAACAAAAUAAUAAAAAAAAAAUGUUUAUGGUAGAAAUAAAAAUCAGCCAUGAUAUAAACUCUUUAAAGUGUAUGAAGAGUAAAUAUCAAACGUAAUGACGAUGUUUAUGAGAAAUAUUUUAUUCACUGCGGCCCUUGCAGGAUUCCAAAAUGGCGACAUGGCAACAACAAACUUUUAAAACUGGGGUAUUGAUUUAAGGCGCUGAAAAUACAUUUGGGAUAUUUAUAUAGUUGUCGCUUGAAACGUAGGGAGAUGCCUUCUGACCGGUGAUAUACGUUGACCAUGGCUGCCAAGCUGGAACAAUCUCCAGAGCAGACAUCUAGUCUGCCACUGCUGCGGGAUGGUCAGACCAGCCUGGUGGCUCCAUCACAGGCUUCCCCAGCCCCCUCUCCUCGUCACAGGGCUGCACUGUGGGCCCAGGAGGUCCGCCAAAGAUUAAAAAGAGGAGAUAAUCUUGAGGAAGAUGUGAGGACACUGAAGAAAGAACUGAUUGCUGUCUUUAUAACAGCUCUCCAACAGGACAGCCGGUCUGCCUGGGUGUUCCUUCAUGAAGUGCUAUGUUUAUUGGAGCCGUUGAAGGAAUCCUUAGACUUCCCCGAGAUCAAACCAGAGAUUGUCCACUACAUAGAGAGAGUAUUACACCACGUGACCCUCCAUAAGGAGAGGCUGUUUGAUUUACAAAUCUCUGAGUCCCUGUGUAAGGUCUUCCCAAAGGAGGUGGGCAAAGUGAAUCAUUAUGGGACCAGACCGUCGAACAACUACGGUGCACCAGUGAUAAAACUGAGCUCUGUAUCACCCCAAAAGUCCUCCCACACACCUCGCCAUGGGAUGCUUCUACCAGACAAUACCAACCCGUAUGCUCCUGUUCUACCGCGAGAAGAUGAGCCCAUGUUGUUUGCCAAACCUUUAACCAUUGGUGAUCUGAGGAGCUCUAUAGCUGGGGUUGCCAUGGAAAUGGCCGCAAGAGAAUCAAUUUGGAGUCACCAUUUUGGAACAGUCACCACUGCCCUUGCUACUGAUAUCAUUGACCCACCAGAUCAGACCAAGCCUGAUUUGCAAGUUUCCAUGACCAACAGACAGACUCCGCGCAGUUCCGUCUCCUCACUAUCUGGAAGUCAAAAAGACAGCAAGACUCCUCGCAUACAGGAGGAGAAAGUGAUUGACAUGACCGGAAGAGAAGCUGUAGAAUACUUUGCCAAACUUCACCAUAUUGGCAAAAUUCAGUCCAUCUACUUCAACAAGGUGGAGAAUCGACACUAUCGGCCAUACGACUUGCGCUCUGUCGCCAAGAACAAGGCCGACUCAGAACACUAUGUGUUUUCCACGUUCGGUGUAUUACACGUAUAUCCCGACCAGCCGAGUGAAAGUCUCAGUUUGGCAGAGUGGCAGCGGGAGGCUGUGUUAUGGACAGCGGUGUCAUCAAUCCCUUUCUUCAAACAGUUCCUCAUCAGGAAAAUGUUCUGCAAAUGGCGAUACAACAAACGAUAUCUUGACUUCCUGAGACGACAGGACAACCUGACAGCUAACCUGUUACCGGCCGUGCCAGCCUUCGGUGCUGCAAUACUCCAGGUCUCAAGGUUACUGAAGGAGCUGAUCACGGUCAAGUUUUUGCCAUUCGAUGUUGAUAAAACUUACCAGCUGGCUGAUUUUGAGAAUUAUGUCAAUUACAAGAAUAUACAAGCAGAAAAAUUCCUGGAGAAAUUUUUCAGGUACUGUAAAAUGGUGAUGGAUGUGACAGCCGAGGAAUCCUUCAAAAAACUCAAAUACUGUGAGGACCAGGUGAAGAAAAAGACAGUGUUCUCAAAGGACUCGCUACACAUGCAGAGGGUGAAGAAAGAGAACAGGGCAGAGAACCUACGUAAGGCAAGGAGUGAGACAGGGCGUCUGGGUAACUUCGUGAAGCUCGUGGACCAGGUGAUCGUGGAGCACAUGUUCUACAUCUGUAAGAACCAAGUUAUCUCCUUCGUGGAUCAGGUUCUCAAGAUCGGCGAUGAAGCACCCAGAGAUGGAUUCUUUAAGGCCAACCUUAUUCUCACCAAACAAGACGUGUUGGGGUUGUCCCCUCCCUCUGACCGGUUCAUUAAGGUCCUUGCCAGCACACUGAAGGGCAUACCUACUGUUCUCACCUGUAAUGCUAUUCCUAUCGAUGGGUCAGUCCCACCGGAUCAGGAUAUUCUCGGAGACGACACAGAAUCUUCCGCUCCGACCAAGUCAGAUGCAGCAAAGUCUGUAGAAAAUGUCCGUAUCGCUGAGAGGAGAAAGAGCACAGCAAAAAGUUCCCUGAAGCAGGACAGCCACUAUAAUCUUGGUGACCGAGAUAAAGCUAUGUCAUCCCAGGCGACACCAGCAGGGGAAACAACGGCAGGGGAGACAACCACAGGAGAGGCAACAGAUGUAGAGUCCCAAGUGGGCAUGUCUAAGUCAGUUCUAGGGGAUGAUGGGGUAAUGCUACCUGACCUCCCCCGUCAGGGGACAGUGACCAAAGAACAGGAUUUGAUGGGGGUUGCUACUCCUGAUUUGGUGGUGCGAGCUGAUGAAAGACGACUAGUGGUGAUGGGAGAGGGGUUUAUGGGUCAGUAUGAUCCACUGUCUCGGGCAAACCUCGAGGACAAGCUGGACAAGGAUAUGGAGUACCAACAAGCCCUCCAGGAGCACAGUAAGAUCAUUUGUGCUGGACUAGAGGAGAUCGACCAGUACUGUGAGCGAGCGGCCUGGAUUCACCCAAUACACAUUUUCUGCAAGAAAUGGAAUGACAAGUCUUUAAAAGAGUUCAAGGGCAUGGCUGCUUACACUAUAGAGCAAAGACUGACAGAGCUACGACAGUGGUCUGAACGAAUACGGAACUUUGACAAAAGUUUCAGCACCGAGAACAACCUGUUCUAUAUUGACUGUAUGGCCAUUCAUGAAGUCCUUCUCCCUAGACUUAAUUACAUCUACCAGGAGGUUGUGACCUUUGUGGCUGAGGAAGCUAAGACGCUGGCUACUAGUUUCUGUGAGGAGAUGGAGGAAGUCCUACAGAACAUGAAAGACAAACGUGCAUCUGUAGACGCAUUUGCAAGGUUUGCCAAGAACUUCAAUAUCUACAAGAAAAAUGCUCCUCAGUACCAACAAAGAAUGGAAUAUAUCAAGUCAUUGUUUGAGGUGAUAAGGAUGGGGUAUCGUCAGCUGUCUCCGGAGGAAGAGAAGAUUGAGGAGAAUGUUUCUGCGGCGGGUGAAGCAUUCAUGCUCCAAAUGCAAGAUGCUUCAGAGUUUGUUAACACCCAGACACCACUGAUGACCAAACUGCUGGAGGACACUUUCCAGGUAGAUUGGGAGAAUUUCUUUAUGUUUUUUUCUCUGAAAAUCUAAACAUAUUCAUGAAACAUGAUUACGGAGGCAUUUAUAUUAUUUCAUCAUAGAGUUUAAGCAGUGAUUUACCUAAUACUUAAAUUUGCUCAAGCAAAGCUGCACAAUAAGAUCAUGUUUACAAUCAUCAGAUAGCAGUGAAAUUAUAUAAAGUUUUUCAUCAUGUAGUCUAAGCAAAUUAAAGGGAAGGAACUUUUUCAGCUGAAAUGAUGAUCAAGGUUUACUCGAGGAUUAUAUUUGAUAAUUAGUGAAUUAUCUUAUAUAUAUUUCCUGGUUUCUAUUUUACAAAAUCAAGGGUCAGGAUGUGAGUGAUACAAUUUUCCUUUUCCGUAUCUCACCUGACAAACCAGUCACAUAUACCUGUUAUUAUGUGAUCCUAUCCCAAUGAUAACUCUCUCCAGAAUGGACUGUGGUCAUUGUAGUGGUCACUGUAGUGGUCAUUGUAGUGGUCACCUGUAACUAGCUGUAAUAUAACCACCACAUGUGCUGUUGAUAUUGUCUUAGAGAGGUGAUAUUGUUUGGUAUUGUCAAACUUAGGCCAAAGUUAAUAACAGGUUUGUUUGAUGUAACCCUACCAACCCCAAACAUUCACCCCGAUAUCAUGAUAUAUUAUUUCAGAUUUUUCUAAAAUAUUUUUGUCUGACAAAGGAGCUGACAAGAGAUUAAUAUGUUAUGUUUCUGUUGACGUUGGUGUUGUUUUCCCCUACAAUGUCGAAUCGUGUGUAGUUUAGCUUCUCAGCUAAGUACAGCUAUCAUGUUGACAUAAUUUGGUAUACAGGUAGAUCAUAGGGGGCACCAUUAAGACCAUCCAUCCA